GUCGUCUUCCUUACUAAGAGUGAGGCCUGAGGAGUCGGAAUGAACGAAAUUGGUAGAUAGUGUGUUCAUCUCCGCUUAUUCACUUAAAAUCAAAAGGACGAUUUCCAUGGCGGCGAAAAUCAACUCCUUUUCACACUUUCUGAACUCUGGAUCAUUACGACAACUUAUCGUGUCUUCUUCUUCCAAGAAUUCGAUUGUCUUCGGAGGAUUCCCGGCAACAACUCAAACAAUUUUUCCUCCUUUACGAACUCGAACCAGAUUUGACAAAAUCAUAUCCAAGGAGAUACCUUCAACCAUAGUGUACGAGGAUGGUAAGGUGUUGGCAUUUCGUGAUAUCAAUCCGCAAGCACCUGUGCAUGUCAUAGUAAUUCCCAAGUUCAGGGAUGGACUAACAAAGCUUGGAAAGGCUGAACCAAGGCACAGUGAGAUACUGGGUCAUCUUCUAUAUACUGCAAAGAUGGUAGCAGAGAAGGAAGGCAUCUUGGACGGAUUUCGUGUUGUUGUCAAUAAUGGUCCUGGUGGCUGUCAAUCUGUUUAUCAUCUGCACUUGCAUGUACUUGGAGGAAGACAAAUGAAAUGGCCACCUGGUUAAGCAUCCUUGCGGACUUCUAUAUUAGGCUCGUUUAUCUUACUUCUUCUUAGAUUAAAAUGUGCUUAUCUGUAUUCUUUUAUUUUCUUCUUUUUUGUCACUGUCAGUUCUGAUCAAACGUUUUUAGUGAUUUUCAUUUCCAAAUAAUCUAUUAAAAUGCUUUUCAACGAGGGAUACAUUUUUCUUCAACUAGUUAUAGAGAAACGUUUUGGUUUCUUUCGUAAGGGGAAAGAUAUGGUAUAUGCCUUCCCACUUUUACACAGAAUCGACUCAAGUUUGAUUUCUGCUCUGCUACACUUUCUUCAACUAGUUAUAGAGAAACGUUUUGGGUUCUUUCGUAAGGGAAAAGAUAGGGUAAUGGCCUUCUCACUUUUACACAGAAUCGACUCAAGUUUGAUUUCUGCUCUGUUACAUUAGUGGUGUAUUAAACGAGACAAUGAAGCAUCUCCACAUAUGAGCUGACAGGAGCAAAUGGCUCGUCGACUACCUAGGGCUUAGCAUAAUGCUA